CUAUAGAGUUAAAUAUAUGCAAGAAACAUGAAUCAGCAAGAAACCACGAGUACUCUUGAACUUGAUCUGAAACUAAACAUACUGGAUUCAUCUUUGUCAACUGAGAGCCCAUCUUCAUCGUUAUGUUCGGAGGAAUCUGAAGGUGGAGAAGGAGUGGCUAAAUCGAUGGUGGUCGUUGGUUGCCCUAAUUGCAUCAUGUACAUCAUCAUGUCUUUGGAUAGUAACCCUAGAUGCCCUAGAUGCAACAGCCAAGUUUUGCUUGAUUUUCUCACACGAAACAAUAGCAAAAAGAGUAUUAAUUAAAAAUAUCCAACUAAGAAUGUUCUUUUCUCUUUAUGAUUUUUAUUCAUUUAUUGCCAUUUGCCACAUAUAUUGAUAGUUUAAACUAGGCUACGAUGAACGGAUGUAUUCAUAAAACCGAAAUUCUAUAUACUUCUGUUUUUCAAGAACUUCGCUGAUUACUUUUAUUAUGUGUAUUAAAGUUAAGCGAUAAGCGCGGAUAUGAAUUUUUGGUUUUUGGUUAUUUAUUUAACUAAAUGAUGUAUUUGUAAUAUUGGAUGUAUUAUAUUCACCAAGUAAAUAAUUUUUUGGCA